GGGAAUGGGCCGGCCCGGGUAUGCGCGGGCAGGAGGGGUCCAAGAUGGCUGAAGUGGACUCGACGGUGGGAGGGGGCGGCCUCGGGGACUGCCGCGUCCCGGCCAGUGCCAGCCCCCGCAGCUCCUCCUCCUCCGCCGCCGCCGCCUCCGCGGCUUCCUCUCGCGGCCACGGCCGCCUAGCUGCCGCCGCCACGGCCUCAACUCUGUCAUCAGCGCCGCAGCCUCCGUCGCAGCCCGGGCCGGGGCCGCCCGAGCGGGCGGGGGGCGCCGGGCGCUGGGUCCGACUCAAUGUGGGUGGCACGUACUUCGUAACCACCCGGCAGACGUUGGGCCGGGAGCCCAAGUCUUUCCUGUGCCGUCUCUGCUGCCAGGAGGACCCGGAGCUGGACUCCGACAAGGAUGAGACAGGAGCCUAUCUGAUUGACAGAGAUCCAACCUACUUUGGUCCUAUUCUAAACUACCUCCGCCACGGGAAACUCAUCAUUAAUAAGGAAUUGGCAGAAGAAGGUGUCUUGGAAGAAGCGGAAUUUUACAACAUUGCAUCUCUUGUGCGACUGGUUAAAGAAAGGAUACGGGACAAUGAGAACAUAACCUCACAAGGUCCAGUGAAGCAUGUAUACAGAGUUCUGCAAUGCCAAGAAGAAGAACUUACACAGAUGGUCUCUACUAUGUCUGAUGGUUGGAAAUUUGAACAGCUAAUAAAUAUUGGAUCUUCCUAUAGCUAUGGAAAUGAGGAUCAGACAGAAUUUCUCUGUGUUGUCUCCAGGGAGCUAAAUAACUCUACUAAUGGUAUUGUCAUAGAGCCUAGUGAGAAGGCAAAGAUUCUUCAGGAACGAGGCUCUCGGAUGUGAACUAAGAAUCUGGAUCCACUGAAGUCCUGGACAUCUAUUGGGUGGUCCGGCAGAGGAUCUCUCCAAAGUUCAGCCUUGCUCUUGUACAGUAACUGUGCUGAGGCAAGGCAAAGCUGAACCUGGCUCACCAGUGGAGAAUCAUUCUGGCCAAAACCAAAGGAUUCCCUCCCUCCUUCACUGUAGGAAACUUAAAAAGCAGAUGAGACUCCUACCUAAAGAGUUCUUUUUCAGAAACCUGCCUUUGUUUUCUCAGCCAGGGCUAUAACCAAUCUUUACAACAGGUGUGCCAGAUUUCUAGCUGGCAUCUUUACCAGGAUCUGGGGGAAGGGGAGGACGAGGACAUAUAUAGCUAAUCUGUACUCCAUAGAUGGCUGGAUCAGGUGAAAGGCAGGAUUCUUACCUGGGGUUGCCAUGUUCUCACUCCAAGGGUUACUAAGUUGGAAAUUUGCAGCUACUUGGAAUCACUCUCUCCUUCCUCUCCCCCCAAUCCCCCAUUUUUUUAAACGGGUUCAGCAGAUGCAAAGAAAUCUAGCACAGAUUGACAACAGAAAAACUUAUUUUUAAAGGAAAGUUGAUUUUUGACACUGAAACAUUUCAUCUUUGCUUUACAUGUCAAUUUCCCAGGUUUGGAGUUGGGUUCAAAAUCAAUUUGAGGAGAGCCUGGGAUUAAAGAGUGAUUGAGAUUAAAAGAUAAACUUGCUUACAUUGUCUCACAUCACUUAAACUUGCCAUCUUCCCACAGGAGAUGUGAAUGGACCCAUCUUUGGGUAAGAGGAAUACUGCAGCUCCUUUUUCCUCGUAUCCUGCAAGAUCCCAAGCAGUCCGGCUGGUUUGGUUGGGAUUAUGAGUGCUUGCUAGCACUUAGUCUGGGGCGCUUCAUGCUGCCUUGUUCAGCUUUGCCUUGCUUGCCCCUAAUAGUGAGGAUACUCCUAAGGCCCUGCUGUGUCCCCUGCAUUUGGCUGUAGAAGGUGUGAGGCAGUCUUUUGUUCUGUACUCUAGCUGUCCAACAGGUAGGCUACUUAACCAGCAGAUAAAUGAAAGUUUCUAUUUGAGUAUUUCAGCUGCCUCUGCAGCCUCCCGCCACUCCCCAUAGAUUCUGUCUCCCUCUGCUGGUUUAUGAGCUCCCUGGCAGUAGCUGGGGCAGGACUUGGCGGGAGGGGGAGAAGUUGCCAAAAUCGUUGUGAUGUUGCCUUGUGUUGUUGCAAAGUAUUGUUGACUUCUGUGACUGUCUUUUUGGGAAUGCCUUGAAUGAACGUGCAAUGUUUGUAUAUGCCUCUCUUGGAUUUCUAAUUUUAGCCAAUAGGACUCAUGGAUGCUUCAGUGACUCUGUACCAUACUAGUGUAUGUAUUUAUUUGGAUGGUAGUUUCUGAGGUCUUGCGCUUCUCCUAUGCCUCCCUUGGACACCUGUCACUCCUCUCCCUACAGUAUCAUGUUGUCUAAUCCCAAACUACUUGUUUGGCUAGGAUGAGAAAUUAUACUAAAGUCCUCUGUUAGGCAGUAAGCAAAGGAACUUCAUCUGGGACUGUUUCUGGCAUUUCCAAUUACUGUCUUUGAGUAUAUAAGAGGCCAAAUAUUCCUUCCGUUAUCCCUGAUGAUGCACAGUGUAUGGUGUUUUACUAAAGAUAUACACAAAAUUCUCCUGGGAAGCAUAAAUUGGUAUCAAGUUUCUGACUGAGUUGACAGGUUUUGGAGAGCACUUUCAGACCCUUUGCCACUCAGUUAACAUGUUCCUAAGGAGAAGUUCUUUCUGUGGGACCAGGGCAAGUUUGGGACUGGCAAUUUUUUGAAACUGUCCACUGCCAAUUGCCUUUUGAACUUGUGAUGGGCCAUUGUUUAACUGGCCUAACUCUGUCAGAUUACCUAGUCUGGUCCUUCUUUGUGCCCCUUUUCCUUUUGUAUGAUCUGGUAAUUUGUAUAUCGACUGAACCUCAGUACUCCUUGGGGUAUGUAUGUCAUUUAUGCAUAUAAAACCAGGAUUGGUAACAUAAAACUCAGCCCUUAUCUAGUACCUUUUCAUAUCAAAGAAACAUCUAAAUCAGAAGGCCUGUAAGUGCUGAAAACAGCCCCACAAGAUAUAUUAACAUCAAACUCUUUCAGAGGAGAAAUGAACACAGUGUAAAGAUAAUAGGAAGGCUUGCUGUAUUAAGAGAAAGUUGGGUAGAUGUCAAAAAGGUACUACUUGGCUGUUAACCACAACAGGCAUGUCACCAGAAGAAAGUCCUCAUUUGGGGUCCUCUGCCUGAAUUCUCUGUCUUUAUCUUUGGGGCUUCAAAUCCCUUGUUUGGGGAUGUUAUGAAAUCAGACUAUUUGAGGCAUGUCCUAAGAACCAGCAUCCUAUGAUAAAGACAAUGGUUAUGGGAUACUCCAACCCAGCACCCAAGCCUAAGGACCUAAAACACAAGAUUUCAAAUGAGAAGAGUGACUGAGGGAUUAUCUGAACUGGCUCCUAAUAGGUAAAUAAACUAAAAUUUGGUUUAAAAGCCCAUCAAAUGUCUUUAGAAUUGACUGUUUCCCAUUUAAGAUUACUAAGAGAUAGCUGCUACCAGGUGACUUGCCCAACCAGAUGCUUGAGAAAUUAAGUAGUGUGGGAUGAGGUCCCUGCCCUCAGGGUUCUUACAAACCAAUGUGUUAUUUAGCAAAUUUUCUUUGCUGUAGCCCAAUACCAUUAAAAAUGUUUCCAAAAGUUUUAGAAAUUAAUCUUAAUACCCUUCCAAAUUCUAGAAUUAAUGCAACAGAUGAUUUGGUUGAUUUGGUUUUUACAACUCAAGCUACAGUGAAAAAAGUAUUUUAUAGAGGCCCUUUAUGAACCAAGUUUAUGUGCUUGAUUAAAGCACUCUCCCACAAGGAGAAUUAGCCUUAUCCUAGGAGACUUACCUAUCAGCUUGAUCCAGUUUCUCAAUUUAUCCAGUCUGGUCAGCUGUACUUAGCACAGCGACAUUGAGAGAUGCACCCUCUCUGCCAUUUUGUUUCCCUGUUAGCCGACAUGUGCUAAUGAGAUUAUCGGGUCAGUGCAAUGAAAGGGCUAGCAUCUCCAUAAGGAGGUUUCCUGAGCCUGGGUGUGGAAGAAGUGUUAUUUUAUUUUAUUUUUUUUUUUGUUCCCAAAGUUCCUAAAAGUUCCCAAAGGCCUAAUCUGUUUUUGUGGCAGUGAAAUGGGGAGGGGGGGAGGUGUGGAAAGGCCCAACCUCCUCUAAAGUGUCUUCAUUUCUGCACAUUUUUAACUGAUCUCAGGGGUGACAUUGAAGUGCUGGGGAGGAGGGGCCAGAGAUAACAAGAGAGAAAGAAAGGGGCAGCACCCCAGCAGGGACAAGACUCCCGUGCCCUCCAGUGUCACCUGCAAUCCAGAUGUGUGAUACUGUACCUGUCACUUGUUGGUGCCCUUUGCUACUGUUAGUGUUUAACAUUUGAAAUGCUGUGAUUUUUUUGGUCAAUAAAGACAGUUAAAACAAAUUUAUGAAUCAUGCAA